CAAGAUAAGUGCUUUUCGAUACCGCAAAAUGGCGUUCACGUUCGCAGCCUUUUGCUAUAUUCUUGCUCUGAUUCUUACGGCUGUGCUGAUAUUUUUCGUAAUUUAUCAUAUCAUAGCAUUUGAUGAACUGAAAACUGACUAUAAAAAUCCAAUUGAUCAGUGCAAUAGUUUGAAUCCUCUUGUGAUUCCAGAAUAUGCCAUCCACAUCUUCUUUACACUAUUAUUUUUGUUUGCUGCACAAUAUGGUACUGUGCUGUUCAACAUGCCAUUGAUUGUCUACCAUAUUAGAAGGUACUUGAAUCGUCCUGUCAUGAGUGGUUUAGGGCUGUAUGACCCCACAUCAAUAAUGAAUGCUGAUGAACUCGGUCGUGCUCAAAAAGAAGGUUGGGUCAAGCUUGGAUUCUACCUCAUCUCCUUUUUCUACUAUUUAUACAGCAUGAUCUACGUGCUGGUGUCAUCAUGAUCCACCAAUGGAAUGGCAGUGUCUUGUACAAAGUGGAUGUGUGUUCUGGCUGUUGUUUCCUGAUUCAACUUUUUUAUUUAGCAAUAAGUCAUUUUACCCUAUUCUUAUUUUUGUGCCAAGUUAAAUGCUGCUUGUUACUGAACACUUUAAAUUUACCUUUUGUAACCAAAUACAACGGUAAACAAACAUGCAAAUGAAUUGAGCUUGCUUGGAAAAAAAACUAACUUAUGUUACAUUAUUUAUCAUUUUUUUAAAAAAUGUGUUAAAAAUUAAAGAAAUAAACCUACCGUCUGCCAUUAAAUCUAGUUGACCACAUUGGAAGCUAAUGUGAAAUGACAUACAUGUGUGUUAAGAUAUUUUGAUGUGUGUUGUUGCACCAUGGUUAUCUACCUUUACUUAUCACAUCCACAUUGUCAAAUCACUUGUUGUGUUAAAAUAACUAUCAUUUACUUUGUUUUUACUUUUGUUUUUAGUAUUCAUGGGGUUUUUUUAAAAGAAGGGGGGGGGGAGUAGAAUAAAAGUUAAGACCAGGAGGUCAGAAUAACGAUAAAAUUCCUUAUAAAAAUACAUUUUUAUUGUAUAAUAUUGCAACCAAAGAUUUUCAUUUAGAAAGACAUUCUUUAAAUUGAGUAGAUCAACUUGCCAGUAAGGAAACAAUAGGCUUGCUCCUUUAUAUACAUUUUUCAGAAUUUUAAGAUAUUUUAUUAGCCAGUAAAGAUAUAUACUCUUUCAACCAACCUAUUAGAAGGUAGGCCCAUGAGACCUUCCUACCACACUAGAAUUGUUUAGAGAAAUGUCCUGUCACUUCAUCAUCAUCCACAUGUUCAAUCAUAUUGGUACAGUCUUCAUUCUUGUACUUAGAUAUGUGAUACAUUAUGAUGGUAAUGUAAUACAAACAGAUGGUAUUUGUGUCUAAUCUGAGGUAAAUGUGAAUGUCACAUUACAGUCUACCUAAUGCUGAGUUUCUAUUAGUUUCACCAGGCACAGUUCCCCUGGCUAGGUCAGGCUGAAGUAUAAAAUACUUGGUUUUUCUUUUACUAUAUACAGAAUUUGUUUCAUUUAUUAUUACAUCCAUCUCACUAUAGCUUACUAAUGCCAGUACAAGAAAUAUUAUAGUUUGAUUUUCCGUUACUGCAACAACAAUAAAAGUUAUGCAUUUCUUCUUAAUAUGAUAAAUGUUAUAAAAAUGCAAACAUUGUGUAAUUUAGCUUUGCAUUGAAAUUUUAAGUGUUGAUUAAUUUUUCAAUUUAAAUGUUGUAAACUCACUGAACAGAUUUUAUAAUUUCAUAUUGAACAAAGUAAGGUAAUCUAUGUACAUAUGCUUGAGUUUGUCACUCUGUGUUACCAUUCAUACCUUUAGUAUGCUUUAGAAGACAUCCCAAUGGCUGUUGUCAGUCAUGAUAUCAACUGCCAGAUGCUUUUUAAAUAAUAAAACAAGUGCAGCGUUAUACAGUGCCGGUAGUUGUCUAUCCCAUUGUUGUUUUUUCUAAUUUAAAGUUUUCUAAAUAAAAGGCUAAAAAGAACA